UGUAUCACAUUUUUCGAGUGCAUGAUUGACCUACUUUUUUUGUGUCACGCAAGUUGGACCAGUAACAUGCCUUCCUCAAAUCAAGAACUCCUCUAAAAUAAACAAUCUUGUCAGAAAAGUCCAGAAGUGAAGCCAUUAAAACCAAUCUCAAGAUCAAUGGAAGAAGAAGCUGUUAACUUGAGAGAUGAUGGAGAAGAUGAAGAUGAACAUCAACAUGACCCAGAGCAGAACUCUUUGCAUCAACCAUUGCUCAGAAGAAGUCCAACACUCACCUCCAAUCCCAUGGCUAUGAUUGGAGCUAAGGUUUCACACAUUGAGAGCUUGGAUUAUGAGAUGUAUGAGGAUGAUUUGUUCAAGCAUGAUUGGAGGAGUAGAUCAAGUGUUCAAGUUCUUCAGUAUGUUGUGCUUAAGUGGACACUUGCUUUCCUUGUGGGGCUCUUGACUGGUGUUGUGGCUUCUUUGAUCAAUCUUGCCAUUGAGAACAUUGCUGGAUGGAAGAUGCUUGUGGUGGGAGAGCUUGUUUUGAAAGAAAGGUACUUCACUGGGUUUGCUUACUUUACAGGAGCCAAUCUUGCUCUCACUCUGGUGGCAGCUGCUCUCUGUGUGCAGUUUGCUCCUACUGCCGCCGGCCCUGGCAUUCCUGAAAUCAAAGCUUAUCUCAAUGGUGUUGACACUCCAAACAUGUUUGGUGUUCCCACUUUGAUUGUCAAGAUAUUUGGGAGCAUAGCAGCAGUGUCCGCAGGGCUUGAUCUUGGAAAGGAAGGGCCAUUGGUGCACAUUGCAUCCUGUAUUGCAUACUUGCUAGGCCAAGGGGGGUCAGACAAGCACAAGCUCAACUGGCGAUGGCUUCGAUAUGUCAAGAACGACCGUGACCGGAGAGACCUUAUCACUUGUGGAGCAUCUUCUGGUGUCUGUGCCGCCUUCCGAUCGCCUGUGGGUGGGGUUCUCUUCGCACUGGAAGAAGUAGCAAGUUGGUGGAGAAGUGCUCUGUUAUGGAGGACUUUCUUUAGCACUGCUGUUGUGGUUGUAGUGCUGAGAGCAUUCAUGGAGUACUGUGAUUCUGGUAGGUGUGGUUUGUUUGGAAGAGGAGGUCUUAUCCUGUUCGAUGUCAGUGGUGUUAUUGUCAGCUAUCAUUUCAUGGAUCUUCUUCCUGUGGUUGUCAUUGGCGUCAUUGGCGGUGUUCUUGGAGGUUUAUACAAUCAUCUACUUCACAAGGUUCUUCGAGUUUACAGCAUCAUCAAUGAGAAAGGGAGAAUGGCAAAGCUGUUGCUUAGUUUGUCAGUGUCCCUCUUUACUUCAGUGUGUCUCUACACAUUGCCAUUCCUCGCCUCUUGCUCGCCCUGUGAUCCCUCAAUCGAUGCCGCUUGCCCGACCACAGGGCGAUCCGGAAAUUUCAAACAAUUCAACUGCCCUGAUGGAUACUACAAUGAUCUUGCAAGCCUUCUACAUGCCACCAAUGAUGAUGCAGUGCGCAAUAUAUUCUCCACAUCCACUCCGACUGAGUUCCGCCCGCUUUCACUGCUAAUAUUCUUCUUACUGUACUGCAUUUUAGGUCUCUUCACUUUCGGCAUUGCUGUUCCCUCAGGCCUGUUCCUGCCCAUCAUCCUCAUGGGCUCUGCCUAUGGCCGCCUUCUCGCCCUUGCCAUAGGCUCAUUCACCAGCAUUGAUCAAGGGUUGUAUGCAGUACUUGGAGCUGCAGCUCUUAUGGCUGGCUCAAUGAGGAUGACUGUGUCACUCUGUGUCAUCUUUCUUGAGCUAACAAACAAUCUCAGCCUCCUACCAAUCACUAUGCUUGUGUUGCUUAUUUCAAAGACAGUCGGCGAUGGUUUCAAUCCAAGCAUUUAUGAGAUCAUACUAGAGCUCAAGGGACUCCCAUUCUUGGAUGCGAAACCAGAGCCAUGGAUGAGGAAUUUAACUGUUGGUGACCUUGCAGCAGCCAAGCCUAAUCUUGUUUGCCUCCAAGGCAUUGAGAAAGUGUCCAAAGUUGUCGAAGUUCUGAAGUCUACCCUCCAUAAUGGCUUCCCUGUUGUUGAUCAAGAGUUUCCAUCAACUGCAGGAGUGCCUGCAGCUACAACAGAACUCAACGGUGUCAUCCUCCGGGCGCAUCUCAUUGCCGUGCUGCGAAAAAAAUGGUUCUUGACAGAGAAGAGGAGAACACAAGAUUGGGAAAUCAGGGAGAGAUUCACAUCCGUAGAUCUUGCAGAGAAAGCAAGCAAUGUUGAUGAAAUUGUGCUUACUGAGGAAGAGAAAGAAAUGUACAUUGAUUUGCUUCCUUUCACCAACAAUACACCAUAUACCGUCGUUGAGACCAUGUCCGUGGCAAAGGCUCUCGUCCUUUUCCGGGAGCUUGCUCUUCGGCAUCUAUUGAUUGUUCCAAAGUACCAAGGAGCUGGGAUAUCGCCGGUUGUCGGCAUACUUACCAGGCAAGAUCUAAGAGCUCAUAACAUCAUGAAUGCAUUCCCUAAUAUAGCCAAAAAAAGAGGAGAGAAGGGAAUAAACCAUGGAUCCUAAUCACAAAGCAGCUUGAGGAUACAAUUUGCAGAGCAUGAUUUGUUCAGAAUUUUUUUUUCCCAUAUAUCAGUAUUACAGUUUUUCAUAUUCUUUGUCAUUCCUCUGAGACAGUUUUACAAUCAAUUGUGUUGCAAUAAAGAUUGUAAGAUAAAAGAGUUUUUGCCUUUGUUUUCAUGAAAAUAUUAUUUUUUUUCCCA